GUCAGCUGAUGGUCGUCGGCCGGCACCGGCGGCUAUUCUUACAUCAGCAGCCGGUGGUUGGGGACGGGUGCCGUCGGCUGACGGGCAGGGUGGCAGGGCAGUGCGCGCGCCGCGUGCCGUCCAGCUUCCUGUCACCAGAGGGCACACUGGUAUUACGUUAUGCAAUCAGCUGCCCGAUCGGAGCGCUGGAGUGACCGCCCGCUCAGCUGACGAUCGGCACACAGGUCACCGACCGGUCUGCUGACUGCUGGGGGUGCCAGUGAGGAGUGAGCAGCGGUGAGCAGCGGUGAGCGGACGGCUAUCAGCACACCAUGGCCAGCCUGCACCACGUGGAGCUGUGCACGGCCAACGCCGGUCGGCUGCUGCGGCUAUUCACGGGAGGGUACGGGUUCCGGCGGCUGGGCGGCCGCGUCACACCGCGCUGUUUGCAGUGGGUGGUGCGCAGCGGACGGGCCACCUUCGUCCUGACGCAGAGACACGCGCAGGAGCGGCCAGGCGUCGUCAACGACUCCCGAUUCACGGCCGGCGAGCCGUGGACCCAGUUCUGCUACCCCAGCGGCCAACAUCAGCGAGACUCCGUCUUCAACGUGGCGCUUCUCGUGCGCGACGUGGCGGCCACGGUGUCGCGCGCGGCACGUGCCGGCGGCCACGUGCUGCAGCGUCCCGUACACGUGGCGGACGCGGACGGCGCCGCAGAGUACGCCGUGGUACGCUCUGUGUGUGGGAAUGUGGUACACACCCUGAUCAACGCUGACCGGUACUCUGGUCCGUUCCUACCUGGAUUCUUGGAUUCGAAUGGGGUCUCAGACGCCGCACGGACACCAGAUGAGGAGUGUGAAGUGCCCGAUAUAUCCGGACAGGAGAGUGAGUACGUGGACCACGUGACGCUCACGUGCCGCCGCGGCGAGAGUACCGGACUGCUGGACUGGUAUCAACGCGUGUUCGGGAUGCGGCGCUUCCAGCUCAACAGCCAGGACAGCCCCACUGACGGCGUUGUGAUGGGCGGCGAGGUAGGCAUGGCUCUGAAAGCCAUGGAGUACUGGCGCUGCGCCGAGACAGGACUCCAGGCACCACCCACCGACCCGAACCAACCCACCCUCAAAUUCGUCGUCGCCGAGAGUUUACAUGACGACUCGCACGUGGAGACGUUUAACCGGCAGCACGGCAGCCCGGGGGUGCAGCACAUCGGUCUGCACACAGACGAUAUCGUGUCUAGGGUGGCCGGUAUGACCAGCAGAGGCGUCAACUUCCGACGACCGCCGCCCGCCUACUAUACUCAGACGGGGAAGGGUGCCGAGAUCGCGGCGGCCGGUAUCACCGGCGAGGAGCUGAGUCGGUUCCGACAGCUCGGGCUGCUGCUCGACUCGGAGGCCGACAGCGACACUGACACCGGAGACAGGUACCUGAUGCAGAUCUUCAGCGAGCCGCUCUUUGAGGAGGACACCUUCUUCAUGGAGGUGUUGGAGCGGCGGGGCGCGCGCGGCUUCGGCCAGGGCAACAUCACCGCUUUGGCCCGAUCCAUCAUUGAAGACCAGCGCCAGAGACAAGGGAGUGCCGUUGGGGAGCAGGGGAAGGAGGACUGCGGACGUAGGGCGGAGACCGGCUGACCCCACCCCCGCACCCUGGUGGGGACAGAGCUAGUCUACUGACGUGACGCGGCAGGCAGCGCAGGACUUAGACCAGAGUUCGCGAGCGACACGGGUAAAGAUGCUACCGUGGGAGUAACCGCUGGUGUCGGGGCACCCACAGACCAAAGAAGCAGCCAGCCGAAGCCAGGCACGCCAACUGAGCAGUGCCGUGUGUGAUACGGUCUGUGUUUGCUCCGUUCCCUAGCCCGCGGCCCCUGCACCCAAAGCUGUGACAACAGCUGUAUUUGGUCUGAGGCCUCGUGUGGAGCGGUGAGCCGGCACAAAGUGCAGCUCCAAAGAACAGCCAGGGGGCCGGCGUCGCUCGCUUCCCCAACCCCGCUUACUUUCACGCGCAUCAGAUCAUCAGACCUGCCAGUGAUGCUUCUCCAUGGGAGUCCCACAUCAUCCCUGUGUUAUAGACGUGUGUCGGGCGUAGUCAGUUCAAGUGAAGUUGCAAAAGGCAACUCGGAACUACUGAGUUACGUUUGUUACGAAUGUAUUGUGAUGAGCUUUGCACGCCGGUAUGUUGAGGCAAGGCAGCCAAAGGGCGGUCGACAGUCCUAGCUGUGUGUUUGACACAUAAAUAUGGUUUUGAUAUGGUUCGUUUGCUGAACGAUGUUGAACGGCUUGAAGAUGAACGAUAGUUGUUACCCAUCCUUUGUUCAGAGCUAUCUCACCACCGCAUCAACGCAAGGAACUCAACUUGUACCUGGCCCUACCUGCUGCAGAAGGGAUGCUAAGUCACCUACAGUCGAGGACUGUUAUUGGGGUCGGGAUGUUCUGUUUUCUGUUCCUGUUCAUUCUGUUAGCCUGCAGCUUCGUCUGCUUUCAUUUCGUCAAUGAACCCCGGGCGAGAAACGACUCAAGAGUAUUGACUUAUGCGGUAUAUAAGGUCUUGGCUCAGUCUUAUGCUUAGAAUUGAAGCUACUGAGGUCCGAUUUACAAAAUUAAAAAAUGUUUAUAUGUUUGUCAGUUUAUUAACGUAGAGAAAACAUUCUCAAAGAGUAUACAUAAACGACUAUUAAAAUCACAGGUUUGUUGCGAUCUAUAGCUGUAGCUCUCUAACUCAACUCGCCUCGUUAACAGUAACACGGGACAUCAGCUCGUGCCCAUUCGUACAAAUUCGAACACCAACAUAUAUACACAAACUCCAAACGCGCCUAUAGAGAUUCUCGGGGGCUAGCUGCCCAUAUCUCACUAACACUCACGAGUAAUGUCCGAAUGGGGUCUGAACCACACUGGGGCAGCCCGCCUAACAUUAACUAUGGGAGUAUGUUGGGCCCACGGCGGCCCGUUCAAGCGUUAAUAUCUCAGCUGGUAUAGUACGAAGCUGUUACAAUUAAACACGUCGUCACUGCGGAUAGGUUAACAAUGUCCACAUCAACGCGAUAAAUGCCUCCAGACACACCUAACACAUGAACUAACUGAUUGGUCCGACAAAACGCUCCAAACGCGGCAACAGUCAACAUGCCAUCAACCAUCGGAAGCUUCGGGCUUUCCGCGUCCAUCGAAUUCGUGUCACGACGCUGUCCCUGGCUCGACCACCUAACCCGAGCAUCUACCACAACUACUGAGUGCGACGUCGAUUAACCAACAACGCAUCUGGUCCGGUGCCUUCGUAUCUAGUAGCACCUGUUUCAAUACACACACACACACAAACCCAUCGCUCUGAGCAGACGAGAAACGAAAGAAGAGCGCCCUGUCCGAUACCCUAUUGGGCUACAAUGGGAACGCUCAGUGCCCAGCGGUCCCGAAGCUGCAGCGUUAAAGGUUAUGGAGGCAUAUGAGAUUGCUAAUAUUACUAGUAAAUGAUGCCUGCUUUAGGUCCGCAGAUUAUUUUGUUGUGUAACUUUGAACCUAUUCAGAAAACCAAACUCACGUAGGUAACUUAGAAACGUUACGCACUGCAAACUGGAGGCUUGACCAGGUCCAACGAGCGCCCAAGCUGUCAACGAGCACCCAAGCUGCCAGCUGCCAAAUUGCGAAACCAUUAAAAGAAUCUGCCACAUCAUCUGCCACAGGAAGCGCCCAGCAGACCACAUGCCAUCAUUCAGUCUUCAACAAGUUAAGAGCAGAACUCCAUUGACAAGUUCGAAAGAGAUUCACGUAGAGUGGGUAUUGGCUCAAUUUGGUCUUUUAAAACUACACAUACUUGUGCACAUGUGCACAAUCUUUCCUAGAGCAUCAAAACUACCCAAAGUUGCACCGUAUCUGAUAGAUGUCUUAGUAAUGCACUUGAAAUGCAAAUGAAAGACAGUCAUCUAUCAACAAUUAGCCACAACGUGGUGGUAACAACGCAUCAUCUUUCAUAUACCUAGAUCCAACUUUCUAUUCUAAAACAGUUUCCACUGGAAUUCGCUAAUUGGCAAGACUCAACCUAGAUAGCAACAUUUGGCUUUCAUCCUGAAC